AUGGAACAGGGAGAAGCUUCGACUAGUCGUGAACCUCCUCCAAAAAAAGUGAAAAAACAUUUAACUAUGGGCGAACAUGCAAUGGUAAAAACUGUAUAUGAAAGUAUUCGCGCUCAAAAUCCCGAUUUAUGUGCCGAAGACGCAGCAAAUUUUUGCGGAAGUUUAACAAAAUUAUGUCCUAGGACAGUUUUCCGAUCGCUUAAAGUUAAUAACAAGAAGCAAAAAAAGGAAACAAGAGGUAGAAAGAAAAUUGUUCUAGAGGAUGAUAUAAAAUAUAUACUUCGCCGCAAAGUGCACAGUUUUUUUUUUAGAAAUGAAAUGCCAACACUAAAGAAAAUUAAGGCUGAAGUAGAUGAUGAUGAUUCUUUAACCAAAAUAUCCCUUGGAGUUUUAAAGCGAACAUUACGCGGUUUAAACUUCCGGUAUUUGAAGCGAAAUCGCAAAAGCUUUUUAAUUGAGAAAGAUGACAUUGUGUUGUGGCGAAGAAAAUUUUUAAAACAAAUACGUGACCAUAGGCUUAAAGGGAAUAAGAUCUAUUAUACUGACGAGACUUGGUUAAAUGAGGGACACACUCGCUCAAAAGUAUGGCAGGACUUAAAUGUCACAAGCUCACGGCAAGCAUUCCUUGACGGGUUAUCGACAGGCUUGAAAUGUCCUUCCGGUAAGGGCCGUCGUCUGAUUAUUACCCACAUAGGUAGUAACUCUGGAUUUUUGGAUGGCGGGCUUAACGUUUUCGAAUCUAAAAAAAGUGGCGACUACCAUCAAGAUAUGAACAGUGACGUAUUUGAAAAGUGGUUUUCAUCAGUAUUACGGCUUGUGGAACCCGGUUCGGUGAUCGUUAUAGACAAUGCGCCGUAUCACAGUCGCCGAGUAGAAAAAUUACCUACGUCUGCUUGGCAAAAAGCCGACAUAAUAGACUGGAUAAAAUCAAAAGACAUCCAGUUUGAUGAAAAUUUGCUAAAAGUACAAUUGCUUGAUAUUGUCCGGGUACAUAAAGACCGGUAUAUUAAAUAUGUUGUCGAUGAAAUGGCGCAUAAAUGUGGAGUUACUCUAUUGCGAUUACCUCCAUACCACUGUGAGCUAAAUCCGAUAGAACUUAUAUGGGCGCAGAUAAAAGGUGAAGUUGCGAGAAAAAAUACAACCUUUAAAUUAAAUGACGUUAAGCUGUUGUUAAGUGAAGCUAUUAAUGGCGUGACAGCAGAUGAUUGGAAGAAGUGUAUUGGGCACGUCAUUAAAGAAGAACAAAAAAUGUGGGAUUUGGAUACGCAAGCUGAAGUUAUGGUUGAACCUCUUAUUAUCACUCCUGGUUUCGAAAGUAGUGAUAGUGACGAUUCUUGGACCGCAUCAGAUAGCGAAUGA